GAGUGAGAGUGAUAGAGAGGUGUGAGAGGGAGAGUGAGUGUGUGAGAAAGAUAGAGAAGGGUAAGAGGGUGAAAAAAGGAGAUAAGAGCAAGGUAUAGAGAUAUUAUUUGUACACUAAGUGUGGGGAAUCUCACGCGGGCUUACACUGCGUUUGCACGAAGUAAGACCAGAUAAGAAAAAGGGCGUGGAGUAUUACCGCGCGAUUAAUAGGCACGCCGCUAAAACAUAUCGUGGCCAUGGGUAAGACGCCAAAGAAGGCGGCCCCUGGGGGCGAUGAGAGGAAUUUGUACGUUCGGAGGCUCAAAGCAACGACCGCGCCGUCGAAAGCUUCUGAAUCUAGCUUGCCCGAGAGACAGCGCGAGUCCGAGAAUUCGAAAAGACCAAAACCGGCUAGUAUUCAGAAAAACAUCUCUGGUGGAUCUGGAAAAAACUUUAAGAGCAAACUUCGGGCUCCAGCAAAAGUUGGUUCAAGCCAAGCAACAAAACAAUUAAAACUAUCAAUGAAAAAUUUCGAAGCAAAAACUACAGACAUGCAGCCGGAAUCGGAGGAAGCUCUUGUCAAAUUGGAUGUCUCUGUCCAAGAGGAAAGUGUUAAGGAAGAUAUGUUAUUAAAUACCAGUAAAGCUGCUAAGAUCGAGGAACCUGUUACUGCUAAAGAAGACAUUAAUGUUAAUUCUGAACAGACAUCAAAUGAACCUGAAACUUCUCCGAAGAUUGUCCAAGAAGUAGUGUCCACUGAGAACGAAAUUGUCCUAGAAAAAGAGGGAGUAUUAUCGGAAAAUACUUCUAACAUUGAAGCCAAAGAAGUGGAGGAUCAAGAAGAGAAUGAAGUAAAGUUAAUACUCGAGGUUGAACAAGAUCUUAUGAAAAAUGGAGAAGAAAAGCCAGAGGAUAAACAAUCGAAGGAUGACAAGGUAGAAGCUGUAGUUCAAGAAACUGUACAGGAACCCGUUGUACAAGAUGAAUUAAAAAACGGUGUACAUGAGAAAGAUGAGGUACAAAGCGAACUCCAAACAGAUACCGAAAGCUCAGUGGAAAUUGUCGAGUCCACAACGUCUGAGGUAUCGGAAACGUCAGAACCCGUUACUCAAAGUAAUAUGCUAAAGGGUCAAGAAAAAAUCGAUGACACCUUAAAUGAUGUGUCAUUUAUUUCUUACGACUCAAAUAUAAUGCUUAAAGAUGUACAAAUCAAGCUCAAUGAUUGUCUCAAAGAUAAUUCGAAACUCUUCGAUGAAAGCAAUACAGAGGAUAUAAUGAGUCAACUUUCAAAGGAAUCGUUCGGGAAGACGCUUAGAAACAUCUCUGGAAGACAUUCGAUCAACAGAAUGCGUCAUCUUGGUUUUCACGAGAAGAGGAUAUCACCAAAUAGUUCUUUAUUUGUGAAUACAUCGAUGAUAUCAAUACCUCAAGAUGAAGGGGCAGAAUCUAAAGUUUUACAUUACAAUAGUACUCUGUCCGAGAGCUUCCCCACGAAUGGUAGCUCAUUGGAUAGAAAACGCAAAACUGACACACCGAUCUGGAAUCCAACUAAAAAGCAAAAAGUGGAAGCUGAGAGUAGCCUUUUAGGCACACCCAUGAGUCUUCUGAAAGGCUUUCGCAGACCUAUUCAGAUAUCUACACCGAAUAUCACAUCAUAUAAGUUCGAAUCUACCAAGUUAGAUAUUAGCGGGAUAAAGGAUGAUGACAAUAAAAUAACAGCUGAAUCAACCGAAAGUACAAAGAAAUGGUGUGUCAUCAUGUAAAAAAUAUCGUGAAAUAAUCGUGUCAAUACAUAGAAAAGAAAGAAUUUCUAUAUUUUCGUGAGGUACUACAAAUUUAACGAUCAAGAAUAUUGACACUAUUGUACAUCGUCUCCGAACAUUAUUUUGCUUUCUAUCAAAAGAUUAAGACCCAAAAUAAGAGAUCGUUUUCUCACGUUCCUAACAUUUGCCCGAAUAGGGGAGAGGGUACAUUUUUCCUAUGAAUUCUUACAAUUUUUGAAAGUUCUCGUGUUCUUUACGGAGAAACAUUAAAUAAUAAUAAUGUGCGUAUUUUUACCGACUAAAUUUUAAUAUAGCCCAAUAUUCCCACCGUGUAGACUUUUAAAAUUAUAACAUGUUCUUUAUAUUCACUAAUUCACUAAUCUGGGGACAAGCUUAUCUGAAAGGGAAAGAGUAAAAUGUGUGGUAUGAUGUCAAGAGUACAAUUCUUUCAACUUUUUACAUGACUAUCGUACAAGCAAAGACUCUAUUCUAUAAAGUUUACCGAUUUAAUACCGGCAUAAUAUAGAAUAAUUAAAUCUACAUGUAUAGAAAUGUAAUAUGUAUCUAAUUUCGAUACAUAUCUUAAUUUAUGUAUCGCGUAUAAUUUGUAUUUAUCUCAAAUGUAAUUCCCUAGAUAGAUUUAUGCGUGAUAAAUACGCAGAUGAAUAGGUUUUAUUCUCUCGUUAAUUAUAAGUAGAAAUAGUUCUCCGUAAUAUGUAACGUUUCAUCUUAAUCUAACAGAAUAUUCACUUGAGAAUAAUUUACAUAUUAUUUUAUACAUAUUAUGUUGUGAUUACACGAAGCUUCUGUUAAAUUCCUGCUCUAUACAUGACAUUUAUUCACGUACAGUAUAUAUCAUGUAAUGCUAUAAAGAAACAUAUCUCUUUGUUUUUAGUUGUUAAUGAAGUACAUUUGCAUUUCGUUAAAAUUGUUAUUUUGUCCUUUUACAAGGAUUUUAUCGAAAAUGUCGCGAUAUAUAUGUUGUACACGACUGAACUGUUCCGAUCGACUUUUGAAAGCUAAUUGUAACAUGAACGUAAUCAUAAUUUUCUAGUUAUAGCAAGCCGUUAUUAUGAGAUGAGUUGCAGUGUUACUUUCGUUUUUACGGAUGCCAACAGCUCUUGACGAGAUUUAUUUCGUUCUAUUGAAAUAUUUUUAUUGACUAUCACAGAUAUGAUAUCCAUCGUACAGGAGAUACAACAAUUAUUGCAAUGUUAUAUAUAUGUAAUUCUUUAAUUAACCAAUAUAUAGUUUUCAUAUUAUUUAGGAAAGCGAUGAUUGUCUGUGCAACUUAUUCGGUGUAAGAAUACUCAUUAAUGUCUACCACUACAAACAUGUCUUUUGCAGCUGUAAGGAGUUGUGUGUGUACGGUAUAGAUACAGAACUGUAUAUUAUCAUACAGUGUAUCUUAAGCGAAAUAGGAGGAAUGGCAGAAGACAAAGAGAAAGAUAUAUAUGUAUACAUAUAUUGACAGAAGGAUCUCAUUUCGUAUGCGACAUUUUUUAAACAAUUUGCAUAUUCAAAGCUUUUUUUCAUCUGCCAUAAAUGUAGGUAUAUCUUUGUGUCAUCCGUUAAAGGCGUUAUAUCGCCUUUAUAUUCAAUUUUGUUAUCGGAUAUACGCAUAUAUAUUAAGCCAGCUGUAUCCGUUUGACCUUCCAUCGUAUAUGGUAAAUGAGAGUUAGGAACGAUUAAGACAAUUCGACCAAAGUAAUUUUUCGGUGUCAGUCGAUCUAUUCGUUUAGACCUGUCCGAAGUAGUUAUUAAUUACUAAAGACGUACAUAAUGUAUUGUGAGGAAAAUGUCCAAUUUAUGAGGCACACAAACUAGGCAAUUUUCUCACUAAUAUCACGAAGGAAAAAGAAUUUAGAUUAAUAAUUAUUCAGGACUAAACGAGUAAUCAUUAGACAUACUUUUAUACUUGUUCAAUUAGUAGGAGCUUUAGAAGCAUAUCCAAGAGUGUACAUAGGAAUUUACGAGAUUUAUAAUAAAUUCUCGAAACUGAAUGCUUCUGCAUGGA